CAGCAGGUGUUUUAAACAAACCACAAAUACAAAACCGCCAGAAAAACAGAAAAGAGACCCUAAAAACCCUCCCAAUUCCCAGACCAAAACCCUAGAUCUGAUCCAUCUUCUUCACAGCCAAAAAUGGCGAAAGACAAUGCUCAGCUAAAGGCCGCGAAGUACGUUUACCGGAACGCCGUGGAGGUGGGCAACCGGCAGGAAGAAGCAAGGUGGGCGAACGUGAUUGGUGACAUUCUGAAGAACAGAGGAGAGUACUUCGAGUCCCUGAAAUGGCUCCUAAUCGAUUAUGAUGUGUCUGUCAGCUUCUGUCUCCAUCUCGAGGACAUGGAAUCAAUGAGAAUCGCCCAGGAGUUUGUUUCUCAGCCUCACUCGCAGAAACUUGAGAAUCAAAUCCUCAAUUCACCGAGUCCAAGACGAAAACAACAGUAUAUAUUGAUUUCGUCAAUCACUUCAACUUGUCCGUACUGAUCUUGAAUGGGACUUCAAAAACCACAGAAUUCAGCUGCCAUGUUUGAUGGAAAAAAAUCUUCCAAAGACGGUUGAUCGUCAUUGUUAAAAAGAGAAAUGCUAGAGACUUUAAUGGAAUCGAAUGAGUUAGCCAUCCAAUUUCCUCUGCAUUUUAAAUACCAAAUGGAUUCCACUCGUCCCAAUACGUUUUUUAAUCAUUUUAGUUUUGGUAAUUUGUAUGCUUUUGAAAGAUUCUUUUGCAUUUGAUCUGAUAUUCGAGUGAAUAAGUUGAAUCAGCUGCAAAGAAGAUAUAUAUUUGUGCAGAUCUGAUUCUAUCAUGGUUUUAAACAUUGGCUUAAAUUUUACCUUUUAAUUUUCCUUCCUUCUUUCUACCAAUCUCAAACCCUUGACCUAGUGCUUGGGAGACCAGUGUGGCUUUGGAUAC